GGUGGAAAUAUUCUUCAUUUCCCACCGUCAUACGACAUUAUAUAUAUACACACAACAUUUCAUCAAAACAUUUAAGCAAUCACAAUUUCAGGAAGCCUUUAAAUCUCAAAACAAUCUCUUCUUUCUUCUUAAAGCUUAACAAAUUAAAACAAUCUCUUCUUGUUUCUUCAUAGUUUUAAGAUUUUACAAGUAUAAAUAAAAAUGGCAUCAGGAAACACAAAUUAUGAGAGUUCAUGGGCAGAUCAGUGGGACCCACAACCAGCUUAUGUAAGCCAUGAAAAUGAAAGCAAAAACAAGAAGAAGAAUAAUGAAUCAGGAGGAGGUGCAAAGAAGAAAGUUGAAGAAGGGCUUACCAAAACUAAAGAAGUUGCUUCUACUAGUUUCAAGAAGGUCAAACAGGGUACUUCUAUGGGUAUCAGUUGGAUCAAAGACAAGUAUCAUAAGACCACCCAAAAACAUUAAAUCAUCAUAUUAUAAACUUCUUUUUAUUUCAUGUUAUGUAAUUAUUUCAUUUGAUUCAUGAUUUAUAUCUUAGGUUGAUGAUUAUUAUGGGUAUCUGUAUAUCUUAUCCGAUCUGAUUUGAUUUGAUUUGCUUUGGUUUGUUAAUCAAGCAAAUUUUUUUGUAAUUGACUAUUGAAUCGUUUCUUUCUCUUUAUUUUCUUGAAUAUACUCCACUUAUCUUUUGAUCA